AUGGGGGAAUGGACUAUACUAGAGAGGCUCCUGGAGGCUGCUGUCCAGCAGCACUCUACUAUGAUAGGAAGGAUCCUACUUACAGUGGUGGUCAUCUUCCGGAUUCUAAUCGUAGCAAUAGUUGGAGAGACUGUCUAUGAUGACGAGCAAACCAUGUUUGUUUGUAACACCUUGCAACCGGGCUGCAACCAGGCAUGCUACGACAAGGCAUUCCCCAUUUCACACAUUAGAUACUGGGUGUUUCAGAUCAUCAUGGUGUGCACCCCGAGCCUCUGCUUCAUCACGUACUCGGUGCAUCAGUCGGCCAAGCAGAAGGAGCGGCGCUACUCGACGGUCUAUCUGACCCUGGACAAGGAUCAAGAUUCACUCAAGCGAGACGAGAGCAAAAAGAUCAAGAACACCAUUGUUAACGGAGUACUCCAAAACACGGAGAACUCCACCAAGGAAGCCGAGCCGGACUGUUUGGAAGUCAAGGAGAUCCCUAACUCGGCCAUGAGAACUACAAAGUCCAAAAUGAGGCGACAGGAGGGCAUCUCCAGGUUUUACAUCAUCCAGGUGGUUUUCAGAAACGCGCUGGAAAUUGGCUUUUUGGUGGGCCAGUAUUUCCUGUAUGGAUUCAACGUCCCGUCGGUGUACGAGUGCGAUCGCUACCCCUGCAUAAAAGACGUCGAGUGCUACGUCUCCCGGCCCACGGAGAAGACGGUGUUCCUGGUCUUCAUGUUCGCGGUCAGCGGCUUCUGCGUGGUGCUGAACCUGGCAGAGCUCAACCAUUUGGGCUGGAGGAAAAUCAAAACGGCCGUGCGCGGCGUGCAGGCUCGGCGGAAGUCCAUUUAUGAGAUCCGCAACAAGGACUUGCCCCGGAUGAGUGUGCCGAAUUUCGGCCGCACGCAGUCCAGUGACUCUGCCUAUGUGUAG